GUUCGGAAACUCUAUAUGAAGUACGUGCUUACCAUAUCGCAGGCUCUAGAAAAACAACGUGGGUUGUAACGUUUUGCUUUGAAAAUUGAGUUGUGGUAAAAGAAUUUGGACAAUUUGAACGUUUUCUGAUGGACAUCCUUUGUUAUUAGACUGUUUUCGGUAUCGUUCUGUUAUUUGGCUUGAACUGAAGAAGAUUUGACUGUGUUUGAACGCGUGAAAAUAAAACCGUUCGUUAUUCUGUGUGUACUUCAUGUAACAUUGCACAUAAUUGCAAAAUAUCGAAGGCGCUUGGGUUGGUCGUCAACUAAACAUUGAAACGAGGCCUAACGCGUGAACAUUUUGGUCCUUCGAGCCGGAUGAGAGUAUAACUAGACAGAACUGACAAAAGCUAAAUAAUUUUGGAACAAUACAAUGUCUGUAGCUGAAAAUACAAGAUCGCGAAAGGAUAAAAGGUCUCAAAAGGAUGAAACGGAGCAUGAGGAGACAAGGCAAACCUCUCAAGCUGAUCAGAACGUCGAGAAGGUAGAUAACUCAAGAAAUGUUAGGGAAGACCCAUCAACCCCCCUCUCCGAAGUAAUUAAAGGUAUUCGCUUUAAGAGACGUGUUGCGAUAGGUGUUAUCAACAGAUAUAUUGAUGCGACCAACAAAAUGAUGGAAGAAAAACGUAGCCGAACUGCUAUAAAGAGAAAUCUACAAGACAUCCAAAGUAGAUUCAAAGAAGUAGUAGCCUACAAUGACCAGCUCGAAAAGUAUCUUGAAGGGGAUGAAGAAAUACUUGCAGACAUGUAUAUCCUCACCGACUUAACAGUGGAUGUAAACUGCAUAACCGGAAUGGUACAGGAACAUUUAGAAGAUCGAGCCGGUGAGACCUCGACACAUACUGGUUCGGAGACUAGUUCGCAGCAUGGUAGUCCACCCCCUGAACCCCAAGUGGAAGGCGAUGAUCAAGAUAAAAUUGACAAGCAGCAACUGAAAGACCUUGAAGCUGAACAGAAAAGAAAAGAUGAAGCAGCCCAUCUCUCGGAAUUAGCCCACCAAAAAAGAACUGAAGCCGCUCAACUUGAAGCAGAAGCCGAGGAAGCUGAAAGGCAGUCAGAAGCGAUUGGAGGUAUGUGUGACCAGUCAAGGCCGAAACUGCCCGUAAACCUGCCUACACAACCGGCGAUAUGUGGUGAAGAAAAGGCUGCGCUUUAUGUACAACACCUUGAAAAGGUCAAGACGCAGGGAGCCCAAUCUGAGAAUCCUAGUACAGAAGAUUGGAUUGUUGAAUUCCGAAAGACACUGGAAGUUGAUGUUCAAUCAGUGAACCCUGGAAAGCUUCCUGUAAGAGCGGACGUGCCCAUUUAUUAUGGUGAUCCAUUAAAAUGGUUGUCAUGGAGUGGUCUCUUCAAAGCGCUUGUACACAACACGAAGAUGACCUCGGAGGCCAAGAUGGGAUUUCUUCACACGAAACUGUCUAAAGAAUGUGACCAAGUGAUCGCGGGUCUAUUCCCAGAUGACGAAGGAUACGCCGAAGCCCUGAUGCUGUUACGGGACAGAUAUGGGCAUCCAACUACGCUACAAGCAGCUCAUCUACAAGUACUAAAGUCACUACCCGUGGUUGAUUCCAGAGGCUCAGACAAUUCAGCACUUAGUUUCCAGUCCUUCGUUGAUCAAGCGAGAAGUCACCUUUCUGUACUUAAACGAUAUAGUAAAGGAGAAUCUCCAUUCGUGUCAUCUCUUAUUAUGAACUGA